GCUUUACCAAACUCACAAAACAAAACCAUCUCUCUUUGACCCUCUUUUCAUAUCUUUCUUCUCACCGCCGCUCCUUCCUCCCUUCUCUCUUGCCCCUUCCCCUCUCUCUCUCUCAGGUAUCUUUUUUUCCUAUCCACGCUCUUAGAAUUUGCUUCGCUUGUUACGUUUUCAGUCUCGUCACUGACUCUCUUUGUGGGUCGUUUGUGUGUCGUCACUUCUUUUUGGGGUUUCUGUAUAGGUAAUGGAACGUGUUGAAGCAGCGUUGAAAAGCAGUGUAAGGAAAGACAUGGCUUUCAAAACGACCCUGCCCGUUUACGAAGACUUUCUCGCCGUCACCACCGCCGAGGAUUUCUCCGUCGACGACUUCUUCGACUUGUCUAACGACAGCGUUUUCACUGAAGAAGAGGCUGAACCCAAGACUCACCAAGAGAUGCUCCAUGUUUCCUCCCAAGAACCACAUGACAAAGGAGACGCUCUUCGCCUGAAUAAUGACGGGUUUGGGUCUCUCCCUCCAAGCGAACUCUCCGUACCGACGGAUGAAUUAGCGGAGCUUGAGUGGCUAUCCCAUUUUGUAGAGGAUUCAUUCACUGAAUAUUCUGCUCCAAAUCUCACCGGAACCCCGACUGAAAAACCGGCUUGGUUAACCGGUGACCGGAAACACCCUGUGACUCCUGUCACACAUGACUCGUGUUUCAAGUCCCCUGUUCCUUCCAAAUCCCGUACCAAACGCAACCGGAAUGGAACCAACUUCUGGUCGCUUGGCUCGUCGUCCUCUUCAGGCCCUUCGUCCUCGAACUCAACUUCCUCCUCCUCUUCGGAUCCUUCCAACACGUGGUUCUCUGGCGCCGAGCUGCUCGAACCAGUCUUCACGUCAGAGAAACCACCGGUUCCGAAAAAGCAUAAGAAAAGGUCAGCAGAGUCUGUUUACAGCGGCCAGCUAGUGCUGCAGCAGCCCUCUCGACGGUGCAGCCACUGCGGAGUUCAGAAAACGCCGCAGUGGCGAGCUGGACCUUUGGGAGCCAAGACGCUGUGCAAUGCGUGCGGGGUUCGGUUUAAGUCGGGUCGGUUACUACCAGAAUACAGACCCGCUUGUAGUCCGACAUUUUCAAGCGAGCUCCACUCUAACCACCACCGCAAAGUCAUGGAGAUGCGGCGGAAAAAGGAGCCAACGGAUGAUAACGAAACCGGUUUAAACCAGCUGGUUCAGUCCCCACAAGCUGUACCAAGUUAUUGAAGAAACAAGGCCUCGACAUUAGAGCAGAGAGUUAGGAAUCGGCCCGGUUCAGUCAGCUGUAGCCUCGAGUUAGUAUCUCAUUGACUUUUUGUAUAUUACUUUUGAUAUUCUUAGCAUUUACUUUUUUUUGUUUGCUACCGUAAUUUGGAAUUUCAUGCUAGGAGUGUAGGUAAGUUUUCAGUUUAAAUUUUCCCAUUUCAUCAUUCUUAUGCA